CUUUUUUUCCCUUUCUUUUUUUUUUUUUUUUCUUACUUUUAGUGUUCUUUAUGAAAAUGAAUAUAAAUGAUAUGCUUCAACUCUCCUUUGAAAAAUUAGAAUCUUUUGACAUGAAUAAAUCAAGCUUAUCUUCAUUUGUAUUAAUACGCAACUCAAUAAUUAAUGAAUUAACAAAAAAGGAUGCCUUGAUGGAAGAAGUAGAAGAGCAAGAAGUUUGGCUAGACAAUUGUAUACAUGAACUAGAACAACAUGAUGAAGAAGAUAUAGAAGAUGAAGAUGAUGACAUGCCUCUAUCCCCUCCUUAUUACACGGGUGAUGAUGGUGGUCAAAAUACAUAUUUAAUAAAAGAUCAACAACAGCAAGAACAACAAGAAUCCUUUUAUCAACCUUAUUACAAUAUCCCAUACUAUUAAAACCAUGCCGCAUGCCAGUGUAUAUAAUAUACAAAUAUAUAUUUUAUUUAUUCAACAUAUAUUUAUUUAAUGUAAAUAAAAAACAAAUAAACAUCUUUUUCAUUCUCUCUUUCUCUAAUCAAUAAGGUGAUAAACGCCCUUCUUCACUUGUCCUUCUCCCUUUUCAUAAGGAAGAUCAAACACUGCAUUACUACGGAAUCUUCUCAAGA